AUGAGCCGGCAAUGUGCAUUUGAAGCCCAGAAGGUCAACCGUAUAAUGGGUUGCAUCAAGAGAAGUGACAUCGAGAGAGGUUCCCAUGACUCUUUUAGCUUCUACAUUGAUGAAGCCUCUCCAGUUGGGCCUGAACAGCCGGAAACGGUCCAGAACUUUGUGUCUGUCUUUGGGACUGUGGCUAAAAAGCUGAUGAGGAAGUGGUUGGCUACACAGACCAUGAACUUCACCAGCCAGCUGGGUGCAGGUAUACGGUAUUUUGAUCUUAGGAUUUCCACCAAGCCCAGAGACCCAGACAAUGAACUCUACUUUGCUCAUGGCUUAUUCAGUGCCAAAGUCAAGGAAGGCCUGGAAGAGAUCAAUGCGUUCCUUGCUGACCACCCAAAAGAAGUGGUUUUCUUGGACUUCAAUCAUUUCUAUGGAAUGCAGAAAUACCAUCAUGAAAAGCUUGUCCAGAUGCUCAAGGACACAUAUGGAAACAAAAUGUGUCCAGCUAUAUUUGCCCAUGAAGUAAGCCUCCAGUACCUAUGGGAGAAGGAACACCAAGUGCUGGUUUUUUAUCACAGUCCAGUGGCUCUUGAGGUACCAUUUCUUUGGCCAGGCCAGAUGAUGCCAGCUCCAUGGGCAAACACAACAGAUCCAGAAAAACUAAUUCAGUUCCUCCAAGCAUCAAUCACUGAAAGAAGAAAGAAGGGCUCCUUUUUUAUAUCUCAAGUAGUGCUGACACCAAAAGCUAGUACAGUGGUGAAAGGUGUUGCAAGUGGUCUCAGAGAAACAAUAACUGAAAGGUAA